UUACCCGCCAACUGUACUACUAAACGCGGGAAUCUUACUAGUGGGCCUGCCUCGCCCUUCAGUCGUUCGGUGGCAGGACAAGGAGUUGAGAAGGCGUGAUAGCGCUCUUUGGUUCACCUCUGGGUGCCUGCCACUAUACUGACUGUUAGCUAACGCACUGUCCGAGUUGGGGAAACUCCAUACCUACUGUCAACGUAUCCCGGAUCGCAGGUGGAUUAGUAUGGCCGCUUCACACGUUGUUUCAAAUCACUCUGAGCCGUUCACGGAGCUGUGGGCGGUUCUGGGGAAGGCGGGGAGUUCGCCCACGGAGAGGGCGUCUGCCUACCAGGCCCUCGCCGGGUCUCUGAAAGGCGAAGUCUCCCCAGAGUUCAUCAAUGCACUCACCAACCAGUACAAGAAGAUCAUCACAUUAGUCAUGUACAGUGUUGCGCACACACCGGCGUGCGGAGAUGAUGCCGGCAAUAUUAUUGGAGCCCUGUGCAGCGUCCGCUACAAGAAGCCCGUGGAGAAGAGCAUGCUGACCCGUGCCCUCUGGUGCCUCUCCAGCCAGAACUUCCACUCCUACCAGAUCUGCCACUCUGUACCGCAAGUCGUCACUCUCGCAACAGAAAUCAUCCUCGAACACGGGUUCGGUUCCCUAGCCGUCGAGUCCCUAAACGUGUUUCGUCGAAUUCACCAGCAGUGCCCGAAGGAGUUUGGUCUGGUGGUGUCCAUGUGGUAUAGGGGGGUCAUUGUUCUGAUGAAUUGUAAAGCCGCAAAGUUCCAGCGAAAGGCUCACAGUUUUGCUAUCAUGUUCGAGUCUUCGAUUGCCUCCAAUAACUACCUGGUGGGGUACCUGUGUAAGGAGCUGAAGGAGAGGGUCAUAGCUGCGAUGCUGGGCUACAUGGAAGAGAGAGGGAAGGACCCCAUACUCAUCAUGAACAUCUGGAGCCAUUUCGUGACCGUUCUCGGCAACGCCCUCCACAAACACAGUUCAUUUCUGAACGAGAUGCUGCGCGUGGUUGAAAUUGGGUUCAAACACAAGGUGUUCCUGGUCCAGAUAGCGGCCUACAGCGCCUGGAGAGUUCUCAUCAACAACUUCUCCAUCGAAAUGGACCGUCUCACUCAGCAGAGGAGACUCAGACUCUUAUUAAUGCCCCUCCUGGCAUCGGCGGUGAAGGAUAAGCACGAGCAGGUGGAGACGGCGCGACUCCUCACCUGGUGGCAUCUCAUCAGGAAACUCGGUCCCAACAGAGAAAUCCUCUUCAACCAGGUCUGUGUCCCAUUCCUGUUGUUCUGUCUCGGAGUGGAUCCAAAACUGGACCUGAGUAAACUGCCGUCGGUCCUCGCUGACCUCGGAUCCUGGACCCACCCCACCCCUCUCUCCCUCCCCCCUCCCGACAGACUCCCGACCAAUCAGAACAAGGAGAACCUCCCGGCCCCGCGCUGUCCUACAGGACAGGGGAAGACCGGCAGUUUAGAACACGGCUUCUCAGGCCGAGCGGGGCGGCUGUUGACGAUGUUGAGCAGUUCUUCGCCGGGGAAGAAGUCCGACCGACUGUACCAGAACACUCCCAAACUGGGUCUAGUCAUGAGUGCGUGUCAGGCUGUGCUCCAGUUUGUCGACUCUGAUGUCACCCUCCAUGGCUCUCUCCUUGACACCGAUGGUGGGAGUUGUGUUGUAUACCCGAAGAACGCGGUGCCAUUUGAGGUCGUUCAGUUCCUGACAGUCUUCCUCGACGGAGCUCUCCUGUACAUGGUCCACUACGCCAAGGAGGUUAAAGACGGCUCAGUGGAAAGCCUGGUCAAGUCUCUCUUUCCAGUUUUCCUUGGAACUAUCAAAAGAGAGAGUGCGACAGAUGCCAAGACAGCAUCUCACCUGGUGGCCCUCCUGACUAGCAUGCUGAAAUGGGAGGCCGUCACCACUAAUGUCUCUACCUCUACCAGAAUGGAACUGCUGAGUCAGCUGAUAACUCUCCCUCCACCUUUGACCUCUGUCAUCACCACCACUCACGGACCAAUGUAUUGGUCUAGUGUAGCACAUGAACUGAUCAACAUGGCCUCUACCGAACAUAACCACCCCAGGUUCCAGAGCAGCUGGUGUAAGGUGGUUGAGCUGUCGGCCUGUCACAGCGGAGGGCCAGCCAGCCUUGCCACGUUCUCUGAGCUCUGCACUCACCUGGACCGGUUUGUGACGACCUUUGACCCUGACUGUCCGAAGAAACACACCCCGUCUGCCACUUUCCAUCGAAUGUGGAUCUCUGUGGGUCAGAAGUUCAUUGGAGCUGUGAAGGAAACGAGUCAAGUGAAUGAAGGCACUGCUCUGGAUCCAAACUUCGCCACUGCUCGUCGCAUACUCAAGUUUCCAUUCCUCCACCGCGUCUUCUGCAAUUCUGAAAGGCCGAUGAUGAGUGUUACGUUCGAGACGUGGAAAGAAGUUUACGACACUUUCUGCCUCCAUUGCUCCCUUGUAGUGAAAGAUCCGAACCACUGUGCAGAGCUAGUGUGCAAGGACAUAUAUGACUCCUAUGGACAGAAUGUGAGAGGUAGCAGUACCACUCUGGACAAGUCGGAGACAGUCAAUUUCGACUGGUAUCAGAACACGGUGGGCCAGGCACUGACUCAUGUUCUCACCAAGUUCAACUGGACCCACCUGAGGAGCAGUGUGCCGGGGGAGGGGGUGGGAGGGAGGGGAGGGGGGAAGGGAGGGAGGGAGGGUGGUGUGAAGACAGUACAACCUCUCAUUAGUGUGCUGUCGUGGCAACUGGCCACUCUCUGGGACACUGUGCAGCGGAGUCCGAUGCAGAUAGGGCACCUGUCAUCCCCGUACACUCUCAUGGAGACAGUGACUCUGCUGUACUCCGACCUCCCGUCCCAGGGAUCUCAUCCUCACCACCACUGA